AUGGCGGAUAUCACCAGCCUCAGCACGUACCUCAACCAAGUCACGGUUACCAGGGUCAUCAACAGCAUGAACAGCAUCAUGGCGGCUCGCAGGAUCCUUCGUCCUAUAGACAGCAGGACAACCACUACAGCCAUCCGCAACCGCACGCUGCCCACAAUGCCCCACCACAUGGUUCGUAUGGUGGGUUUGGACAGGAUCCGAGAUAUGGUCAUGGUCAUGAUCACGGGCAUGGACAUGGACACUCGGGUUACUGAGGAUUGGAUGAUGAGACGAGAUAAAUGA